AUGUAUACACUACAGGUAACCGAACAUUAUGAAAACCCGCGCAAUGUCGGGACUAUCGUUGAUGCUGAUGGCACUGCCAGUGUUGGUUCUCCUGUUGACGGUGAGAUGAUAAAACUGACACUCAAAAUAACGGAUGACGUGAUCGUUGCGGCGAAAUUUCGAGCCUUCGGUUGCCCGACUGCUAUCGCGAGUGCUUCGAUCCUCACAGAACUGAUUACAGGCACCCAUAUCCCGGAUGCUUUGGAAAUUACUGCCGUGCAGCUUUCUGACGCAUUGGGAGGGUUGCCUCUGGAUAAACAACGUUACGCGAACACUGCUGAAAAAACCCUAAAAAUGGCAAUUGCUAAUUUUCUGUCCAAAAAGGAGGGGUAA